AAAACCGAUAUUUUGAAAAUACAUUUUUGCGAUUUACUAAAUAGAAUAAUUUGAUCGAUAAUAACCUUUUGGUGUGGAUUCUGUUGUUCCACACAAAAAUCCAUCUUCCAUCUCUUGCUUGGCACAUUUUGACGAGAUAUUUCUGGGUCUCCGUUUUAUAUAUCAGAAGACGAGACGACCAAUACAAUCCAUUUAAGCAAAAACAACAAUGGCAGCAAUCAACUGCCACUACCUUUCAGUAACCUGCACAUCCACGCCCAUCAAUCAGGAAUCCAAUUCCAUUCAAUCCACGACUAGACCCACCAAGAUCAUUUUACCCGACAAAAAGCCCCAAAAAUGGUCCACCGGCGUUGCUCCCGGAGAUUAUGGCGGACCACCGACCACCACCAAGCUCCGAAAGUACUGGGGAGGUGAAAAGGAAGACCCUAUCACCUCUGAUGAUUUAAUUUGGAAUAGAGAUUUCAUGCCUCACAUGAAACGCUUGAUUGGGGAUUCUGAUGAUUCUUCCUCUGACCCUCGCUUAUCUACAGUUAAGGAGGAGGCAUCUGGAUUUCUGAGCUUCAACAGAGUCAUGAAUCUCAACAGUAUGGAAGUCGAUUUGAGCAAGGAGCUAGCAACGAUUCCAAAUCCAAUCAUAGAGAAACAAGUCGAGGUUGCUGAAGCUACAAACAUUCAACCGAUAAAAUGGAAACCAGCACCCACAAGGCGUGAACAAGACAAAUGGGAUAGAGCAUCUAAAGCUGCAACCGGAGGCAGUGACGUAAUGUUCAGGGAAUUGAGGCGUCCUAAAGGGGACCCAAAAGUGCUGGCUGCUAAGUCAAGAGAACAGUAUACAAAGUUAAAGAACAAGUUGCAGAUUUUGACAUUGGCAAUUGGUGGUGUUGGCCUGGUGUCAGCUUAUAUUUCAUACACUCCCGAGAUUGCAGCAAGUUAUGGUGCUGGAUUCGUUGGUUCUUUGGUAUAUAUGAGAAUGCUUGGGAACAGCAUCGAUGGAAUGGCAGAUGGGGCCCGAGGGGUUCUCAAGGCAGCAAUUGGGCAGCCGCGAUUGAUGGUCCCUGUGGCCUUGGUCAUGAUCUAUAACCGGUGGAAUGGGAUUGUAGUUCCGGAAUACGGAUUGAUGCACCUAGAGUUGAUUCCAAUGUUGGUUGGAUUUUUCACAUACAAGAUUGCCACCUUUACACAAGCAAUUGAAGAGGCAAUUACAAUAGUGGAAAAUGAUGCUCAAAUUGAUUAAGAUUGACAUAAAACAAAUUCUUUUCUGUACUAUGAGUAGAUGAAAUUAUUGGAUGUGAUAUUGUGAGAACAAGUGGUGUAAAGGGAAAAGGCUGUGUGAUUUAAUUAAUGUAUAUAAGUUUUGGUCAAAUGUUGAUAGGUACGACUAUAUGUCAUGUAUUACAAAUGCUCAAUGCAAGAUUAGGCAUG